AUCUCAAUACAAAGGCUGCCAGUAGUUUAAGAUCACGAAAUACAAGUCGACUUUUAUUUUGUUUGAGUCUACUCACCGAUGCACAUCAACACAAUGACUUUGAUGACAACACACAGGGCGAUUGUAUGGCUUCUUUUGCUGCGAUUGAGCUGCUGUACCAUGGAUAGGAGACUGGUGCUUCACAGUGAUGUAGAUAUGGCCGCUGCCAUUCAGACAUUGACUGCAAGGAUUGAACAGUUGGUAGCUAAAGACAAUCAGCAUGAAUCGGAAAUACAAGCUCUGAAGGCUGGAUCUGUUGGAGCAUCAAUUUACACCAGAUGGGGACGAACGACAUGCCCAAAGAACGGAACAGAGCUCGUUUAUAAUGGUUUCACUGCAGGAAACACAUACGACAAAAAUGGAGCUGCAGAUUACAUUUGUCUUUCGGGUGAUCCUAUAUGGGGUGUAUACAGUGAUUCUCCACGAACAUAUUCACCGUAUAUAUAUGGAGCAGAAUACGACAUGAAUUGGUAUAGUGCAGGGGCUUCACAAUUCUUUGGAAGCAAUAUCCUCGACCACGACGCCCCUUGUGCCGUGUGCAGAUCCAGCCGCCAAACCACCGUGAUGAUUCCUGGCAGGAACCAGUGUUACCCCGGCUGGACGAUGGAGUAUGCAGGCUACCUGGUAUCUGGUCUAAGUGAACAUGCAUCGCCGACUAAUUACGCUUGUCUCGAUACUAAACCAGAGUUUGAAUUUGAAGAUGCUGAAAACAAGAUCGGUAAACUGAUGUAUUUGGUGGUAGCUGCCUGUGGGACGCUGAAGUGUCCACCAUACGUUCAGAGCCGAGAGAUCACCUGUGCUGUGUGCUCAAAAUGACCAAUUGAUGUUUUUUGAGUACCUUUGUAUAUAACUACAGUGCUGAGGUGCAUAUCAUAAGUUUGUUUUGUCAACGCAGUUAUUAAAGGAUGCUUAGCGGACUAAUAAAACAUUGCGUCCUUUCUGCCAAAUAAAAAUAUAAAUCGAAAUCUAUACUAAAUAAAAGACCUUUAACCUUA